AUGUGCUCGCAAAGCUUGCGAAAGCAGUUAAACCGCGAAGAAUAUCUAAAUUUAGUACAAUCGGAAGCCAGUAACUUAGUCGAUAGUAUAUUGGAGCAAAGCGUUUCGAUCGUCAGCUCAUCCCAGCUGCAAGCAAAUGCUGCGAUCGAUGCCCAGGCUCAGUCGGAGAGCGAACAGUACGCGAUCCGCAGCGAUAUACUGUCGUCUAACGAGGCUGAUCUAGUCGUUAAGUCGCCCACCAUAGAGUCUAUGUCAGGCAAGUCUUUCGACGAUAACAUUAGCAAUCCCGACUAUGACACUAGCGAAGCUAAUCAACUGAUAGCCUACCUCGCUACAGUUACGCCUUCUGGUGAAGCGGAAGACGGUGCCAUGCCAACGGUCACCGACUCACGGGAACCCGUUGGUGAUGGCAUUGUCGACGAGGCGGCGCAGAAGGAACGCCGAGCGAAGAAGAUAGAUCGGCACUUCGCGCGACUGUCGUCCGAUAUCGAGCCGGAAGAAUUGUUGGAUAAGAACCGCGAAUAUGACGAAGCCAUAGAACAAAUCAAAGAUGAAGUUUCAAUGCUGCAGAGUGAAUUUUCAAAAAUGAGCUGGGAUGAAAGCAUUUCUGCUACUACCGGCGAUUUCGGUUCCAGUACUCCCGAUCAUGAUCUUCAAGAAACAGAUAAGCAUCAACAAACAGAAAUUAUCAUUCCAAAGCCAACGCCCAGAUUGCAAUCAAUCCUUACCGCCGAGGCAGAUACCUCUGCUGCGACGACUAGUGUCACAAGUACCACAACCACUACCGCUAGUUCUGCUGCUGCUGUUGCCUCCUCGCUAACUACAUCCGCUCUGACGGCUAAAACCACUGAGGAUUGCGCUGCUUCUCUGCUGGAAACUGACCUGGAAAAACCGGUGUCCGGUGAUAUCAGUGAGCUCUCCAGUAGCCAGGAACCACUACCAGUGCCAAAGCCUAGAACUAGCAUCUCAUCUCGUACCGACACCCAAACGAGGUCCAGCAUCAUUGAAUUUUUCGACCACCCGGAAGACUCAAUUGAACAAUAUCCCGAACCGAGUCAGCACCAAGAGUCACUCGCAUCGGAAGAUUUUCCAGGAGCUGCUCAGAAAGAUUUCGGAGAUUUUGAGACCAGCGAUGAAGAUCAGUCCUCAACUAAGUUCUACAUUGGAGAGCGAAGUAGUGACAUUAUUACUCGUUCAUCUGCAGAUAAACGGACAGACUAUGCAUUUGACAACGGGGGAUACGAGUGUUCACAGGAAUCGGCUCCUGAAAUAGAUCAAUUUAAAGUGUAUCAUGAACAGAUUAAGCAAGAAGAGAAUUUCACACUAAAAUCCCUACAGGAAGUAGAAAGUGGUACAGCUCUUGAUGCCGAAAUCAAAGCAGAAGUAAUCGAGGUGAUUGAAGGCAUUGCUGACGAGAAAGCAUUUGAAUUGGAUUUUGAUAGACGACUUGAUUCCGCCCGUCAGCCAGUCAUGCAUUCCCCAAUUAAACCUCAGGUUGCCAGCCUCGUAGAGGGAGCCACACCACUUAAACAGAAACCAACAGAACCAGUCGAGGCACUGCAAGACGACUCCACUAGUUCCCAUUACACAAAACGCACAAUAGAUGAACUGGUUAUUGAGAAAACCCUGGAAGAAGUUAAAGAAUCGCUUGACGCCGUUCAAGAAGAACUCAUCGAAUCCGUCAUUGAUGGUAAAUUGCUCAAACAGUCUCCAUCGGAGUUUGAGUUUAAAGUUCUUCCAUCUGUCAAAUACACACAGGAUCCUAUUUACGAGACACAACAAGAGGAAGGAAGUGUUUCCUCCACUGGAGCUCCACAAAGUGUGACUACAACUACAAUUCUCUCAGAACCAUCCGUUCUCAGUGAAUCAAGGGCACAAACUUUUGAACAAAAAACUUCUGAUACCGAGGAUAAAUAUGAGUUACUGUCGAAACCAAGCGAACCUACUUCGCUGUCCUCCGACUGCUCCGUAGCGAAACUCGAAAUUUCUCCACAUCUGCGCAAAACGGCCUCACACAUCAAAGGCAGUCGUUGGUCAGCAACCGAUGUUGACAGUUCCGGCGAAAGUCACUAUCAAAGCUUUGAGCAUACGGAUAGUAGCCGACCACUCUCAUCUGAUGUUGACAAUUUGAUGCAACAGUAUGCGUCGUCCGAAUACGAGACUGCAUUAGACCACUCGAUCCUGCCCGCCUCGACCGAAUUCCACAGCGCUGUCAGUACACUAAACUCAUACAAUGUCAGCUCUCAUGACAGUAUGAAAAGUUUCGAUUCGGAAAGCUCCGGUAAUCUGGCAAGCGGAGAAUCGGAAGCUACGGAAACUCUAGUGCCAUCGACUAUGGAUAUUGACUUUGAUUCAGAAGACGCAGCGCUGAUCCACGAUGAUUCAGAAGAGGAUCUUCGUGAAAAACCUAUACUAGGAGAACAAGGAGAGCUUUCUUCUGUAUCCAGUACAAUGCCGGUUGCCAUGAAACGCUCACAAGAAAUGAACUUCACAACCGAUCUUGACAGUGAUCUACUGGGCGAUUCUGCAGAAGUUUUCCAGUUCCAAGAAGACACAGAAAACGUCGCACAACGGCAAGCAGAGUUACUUAGUUCCAGCAUUGGAACCGCAUUAGAUUUAGUCGAAUCAAUGAAGGCUUCUAGCUUGGAAGAUGUCAAAACGGAAUGUAUUGAUGAGGUUAAGUUAGGAACAAGUAUGGAAGAUGGCAGCAUACUGUCCAUCAGCUUGUCCAGUGCUUCAAAUUUGGAAACAAUUAUGGAAAAUCUUACGGACAAAACGGAGAGUCUCCCAACCCACGUCGAAAUAGGUCUAGACGCCAUAACACCCACUAAAAGUAGCACUAAAGAAAUCAUAGGUGAUAUUACGCUAACAUCAACAGUGCUACGGGAAGGGGAUGUCAACUUUUUAAGCACUCAAGCUACCACAGAAGUAACUCCCGUCGAGACGGUUGAAGAAACUAUUAGAAAACGUGGUCAUAAACGCACCGAAAGCACAAUUCCUGGCAAAUUGCUAUCCGAAAUUGCAGCCGAAGCGCGCGAUUCACUCGAUUCGCAAGAAGAUUCAAUUUCACAGGAAGUUUCCGCUAGACAAUCAAGCUCCGAGCGCGAUGAAAUGCGAGAAGAAUCGUCCGAUUCCGAUUAUGACAGGUACGAGUCAGAAUAUUCGCGAUCCUUCAGAGCUCCACUACACCAAGGACAAAAGAAAAAGAAAGACAUAAUGGCAGAAGGUUUCGACAUGGAAAUGGAAUACGAUCGUCGGAAUUCGUUUUCGCCUUCCAGUGCAGUAAUCGAGACGAUCGUAGAAGAUGUCCACGCAGAGACAGAACAAGGGAACGAAGCGCAACAGCUCAUGGAUAGUAAAAGGGAAGAGUUGCAGGAGUAUCAACAAUCAUGCAUUCCGGAUAUCCAGGUUACGGAGGACGUUCAGCAAAUAGAAAUGGAGACGCGGGAGGAUCCUACUGAAUAUUCAAAAACAAUAGAAGAAUCUACAAGUGAGCAAAAGAUUCAGUUUGCUAAGCAGGAGGAAUUUAAAAUAAGUGAAGAGCAGUAUCAGGAAAUUAUCGACCAGAAAUAUAAAUCCAAAAUGGGCGAUAUUACAACAAAGUAUGACUAUGAAACGGAGGACAAAGACGAUUCAGCCGGAUCUGAUUCGUUCGAAAUGUUAGAGCAACCAGAUAUUUCUGAUGAAUUCGUUAUCGUUGAAGAAGUAGCACGUGAAGCACACGAAUGCGAUUCGGAAGGAAAGAGUGUAUCGAUCAAACCAGUUAAGAAAGAGAAGAAACACGACGAAGAAGUUGAAAAGUUGCUGGUGAAGUCAGCUCCAGCACACACGAAUGCAGGCUCACUGUAUGCAAAUAUGAGAGAAGACAUGAUGUACGAAUUAGAAGAAAGUCCUCCCACUGGCAGCGAAGAAGUAGACCCGAACGGAGUAACGAUGGAUUUGCUAAACAAUGGAUAUCCUUUGGAGGAGAGCAAACGAUGGGUCGAAAUGCAAUUAGCUGAAACCCAGAACUUCCGUUACCCUUAUGAGGACAGGCUGGAAGACAUCAAGGAGGAAGAUACUGAUUUUGAGGUCGGAAGCAGUCGUAUCGGUAGUAUCAAGGAUUCAUUCUCCAGCACUCCGGACUAUGACUUGCUGGCCAAAAGGCUUGCUUCGAGAGAGCAUGAUGAUAUCUCCAUGAGCAGCUUGCAAGAGUUUGAAAGUUUGGAACAAGUUAUUUCACUUGAAAACAGGAAAAUGCAGCAAGGAUCUCAGGAUUCUUUAAGCAAUGGCAGUUUCACGAAAAGAUUUAUGAGCCGAGGACAUGGUGACGAUAUUAGUCUGUCAAGCUUGAAGGAAUUCGAGGGUUUGGAAUCGGCAUGUUUGGAGGCGCAACGUAUUGAGAUAAAGGCCAAAGAAGAAGCGGCACUUUUAUCCAGAUCAGACGAAUCUAAUAAAUCGGAUAAAUCAAAUGGCAUCAAGCGAAGUCCUCCAACGAAUGGCACUAUCGUGAAAGCAAUAUCUGCAGUCAGUACAGUAACCAGUGGUUCAGGAUUGAGUACUACCACUACUAGUAUCGAAACUAAGACUGUUACAACUGAACUGAGCAAGGAUUCCACAUCAACCACGACCGUAGCGACGACAGUUACAACAGUUAGCCACGACAGUCAGAUAAGGCACACCCUAGAUGAAGAGGACACUUCACAUAUGCUAACUGUUUCUACAGACAGUUUAGAUGGGAAUCGAGUUCAAAAGCAAACCUUCAGCAAGGAUACGCUACCUUCGGCACAUUCCAGCAGCGAUAGUUUGGAAAUUCAUAACAAGAAUAAUGUAGAUGUUAUGACCAGUAGUAUCGAUUCUAUUGAAUUCUCUAAAACAGGACUAGUCACCACAUCUCGUUCGGAUUCGAUUGAACAGAUGGCGAUACAGCAAACCCAACGCAGUGACAGUACGGAUUCUAUUGAAAUGCAGCGUGCAAUGUCGUCGCGAACUAGUGAAACGAAACGGGAUUCUUUGGAUUCGUUACCGUACAGUAUUGAGAACAAGAGCGGAUUCAGUAGCCCAACGAAGGCACACAGCGGUCAGCGCGCGACUGUGGAAGAUACUGCUGUUGCGGGAACAAGUACGGUCAAUUACCAGUACGGCAUGCAAGCCGGUAUGCCUAAGGAUAUUUCCGUCGAUUCUCUAACGGGCCAGGAAGCUUUCUUAACUAGCACUGAGAGCCUUGAGACAAGCUCCACAGCAACGAACGCCACCUAUCAGAACGAAACCGACUCACAGAUGUCAUCUAGUAUAACGAGCUGUGGAUCAAUUACCAUGGUCGAUAAUCUAGACAAUGUGGGCGACUUUGAUAGCUUUGGUAUGCAAGAUAGCAUGUCUUUCAAAAGCACCAUAGGUUCGGACCAACAGCAACAGCAGCAGCAGAUUAUGCAAUCGCAUCACGACAGUUCAUCGGCAACGACUACUAGUACUACCACGACAACCAGCACCAGGGGAGAAUUCUUGAUAUCGGGGAUCGAACUGUUAAGUAGACAAAUGUAUCCAGGUUAG